AUGAGCACGAUUAUAGAUGAACUUGCUAAAGUAACAUCCAUGAUACGGAAAACUGUUCCUAACAUCGAUGACGCUAUUGUCGAUUACGUUAUUGGUUAUUUGGAUGAAACACCUUCUCUAGUCGAUAGUGAGGACGCGAUUGGUGACUUCAUUCGACCAAUUUUGCUUGAUGCAGGCGGUGAAGAAAAAGCAAUACAAAAACUUUGUGAUAAGUUGUCUGAACUUUUUAUUAAGGUCAAUGAGUCUACAAAUAAAAUUUCUAAUAACCGACUUGCAAAAUUGGAACAGCCUGUAAAUAUGCUUUCACGAGAAGCCAUUUCUGCAACAGCACGAAUUGCUCCUCAAAGUGUAGAUUUAGAAGCGGUAUCUGGUAGAAAAGUUAGUACAAGGGUGGACACUAAAAAAUUAGAAAAAGCUGAAGCUAAGAUUAAGGCUAAAUUAGAAAAGCGUGUUCGUAAAACAAAUUAUGAAGCAAGCAAAUUGAUACAAAAAAAAGAUCAAGAUGCUGAAUUUUACAUGAAAGUUAAUCCUAUCUUGGAUUAUACUACAACAAAAGGAAAAGUCAAGGAUGUUAAAAUUGAAAACUUUGAUAUCUCGUUUGGUGGUAAAAGGAUUUUAACCAAUGCAAAUUUGACUUUGGUUUAUGGAAGGAGAUAUGGUUUAGUUGGUCGUAAUGGUAUAGGAAAAUCAACACUAUUGAGAACUUUAUCAAGAAGAGAAAUAAAUGUACCGACGCACAUUAGUAUUUUGCAUGUUGAACAAGAGAUGGCAGGAGAUGAUACGCCUGCAAUUCAAGCUGUGUUGAGUGCUGAUAUUUGGAGAGAACAUUUGAUAGAAGAAGAAAAAUCAUUAAAUGCAAAAAUAGUUGAGCUAGAAAAAAAUAGCGAUGAAAUAGAUAAGGCUAGUUCUGAGGCGGAAAAAGAAGAAGCUAAUGCAAGAUUGAAAGAGGUGUAUCAAAAGUUGGAAGAAAUUGAAAGUGAUAAAGCAGAAUCGCGUGCUGCAUCCAUUCUUUCUGGUUUAGGAUUUCCAACAGAUAAACAUAAUCAGCCAACAAGAACUUUUUCUGGUGGUUGGCGCAUGAGACUUGCAUUGGCAAGAGCUUUGUUUUGUCGUCCUGAUUUAUUACUAUUGGAUGAACCUACAAAUAUGUUGGAUAUUCCAGCAGUUGCAUGGAUUGAACAUUACCUUCAAAAAUGGCAAAAUACUCUUUUGGUUGUAUCUCACGAUCGGGAGUUUCUUGAUGAGGUGGCGACUGAUAUUCUACAUCAACAUUCAGAACGUCUUGAUUAUUAUAAAGGCAAUUUUACAAAGUUCUAUGCAACAAAAGAAGAACGUCGCAAAAGUCAUUUACGGGAGUAUGAAAGUCAAAUGCAACAACGCCAACACUUACAAGAUUUUAUUGAUCGUUGGCGUUAUAAUGCAAAAAGAGGACCACAAGCUCAAAGUAAACUUAAAAUUUUAGAAAAACUCCCAGUUCUAGAUCCUCCAGAGGUUGAAACGAAUGUUACAUUUAGGUUUCCAAAUCCGGAUUCUUUGAAUCCUCCAAUUCUUCAAUUAAAUGAAGUCAAUUUUGGAUAUAAACCGGGAGAAACAAUAUUAUCAGAUGUUAAUCUUUCUGUUCAAUUAGAUUCAUGCAUUGCUGUAGUAGGACCAAAUGGUUCUGGUAAAUCAACUUUACUCAAGUUAUUAACUGGAAUUUUAGAACCCAUAUCUGGUCAAGCACAUAGACAUGGACGUCUUAGGUUUGCACAUUUCAUGCAACAUCAUGUUGACCAAUUGGAUCUUGACACAAAUGCCGUUAGUUUUAUGGCUAAACAAUAUCCUGGUAAGAGUGAGGAAGAGUAUCGACGUCAGCUAGGAAAUUUUGGUAUAACUGGUAUGACAAGUUUACAGCCUUUGGAUACAUUAUCUGGUGGACAAAAAAGUAGAGUUUCUUUUGCUUGUUUGGGUUUACAAUAUCCUCAUAUUUUGAUAUUAGAUGAGCCUACAAAUCAUCUUGAUAUGGAUUCAAUCGAUGCAUUAACAAACGCAUUGAAAGAGUUUAAAGGGGGGGUAAUUCUUGUUUCUCAUGAUGAAAGAUUUAUAGAUUCAGUUUGUCAAGAGAUUUGGGUUUGUGAAAAAGGAAAAGUCAGAAAAUUUGAAGGUGACAAUAUUAGACAAUAUAGGAAAAUGAUUGUGCCUAAAGAUGAACCCUGA